CACAGCACACACACUCGGCGCAAACAGCAGCAACGUGCGUGCCUGCAAGGACAAGCGGAAACAAGCUGCGGCUCCCCCGCCUUGUGAACCUGUCUGCCGGAUAAGACAAGACGGAUAUAUGCGUGCCCCUGGAGGGAUUCAAAUGCACGACUUUUAUUCUGCGGUCUUUGGGGUGCAUGUUUUUGGUUGUUGAAAGGGGUGGAUUCUGUGUUGCCAGGCAAAACAAGAAAGUCAGAGCAGCCAUGAACGUGUGUUCUGCGUUUGCCGAAACGCUCCUUCGUCGCUUCUGACCUUUCCCAACGAUCGAGUGACGACGAAGAUGUCAGUGUGCAGCGACUUUGCAGAACACGUGUGGAAACCCGGCUCUUGUAAGAACUGCUUCCACCAGCUCAGCGCGCACAGGCAGAAGGUCGGCGGUGGCCCGGAUGGCGCUGCGUCUGCCGCGUGUCUGAAGAACGGCCUCGGAGGCGAUGAAGAAACUGCAGUGACGGUGCCUUCACCUUACAGCAAGCCCACUAUUGCCGUCAAGCCCACUAUGAUGAGCAUGGACACCAGCGACUCCAUGGCUGACGUUAACAUGAACAUAGAGAAGAAAAACUCAAAGGGUCUAAAGAAACUUCUGGACCUCUCUUCACUUUACAUUGAUGGCAACAGUUGCAAUAAAACCCAGAGGGAUUCAUCUCUUCAAAGCCCGGAACCCAAGAAGGACUAUUGCUUUUCUCACCCUUCCUUGUCGCCCAAAGGCUCCGUGAUCAUCAGCAACAGAGGUCCUCAAGGUGUCAAAAACAAAGCUAAUGGGGACAUUUGUAAUCAGCAGAAUAGUACCACCGCCCCCAGAACUAAUAGCACUUCUAAUGUUGGUGCUAAGAGAUUAAAUUAUCAUUGCCAAAAUUCUGUGGAGAAACAUUUUCCUCCAACCAGUCCUGCCAAACUUUGUAGUAAUGGAACAGGUAACACUGUUCUCCCCACCAAGACGUCCAGCACUUCCCUAAACUCCCUAACCUCUGCGUUAUCUUUGGACACUCUCACUAACAGUCAGUCCUCCAUCAACCCUCCUCCUGUCCUAUCUAAACAAAAAAGCCCCCUAGACUCGUCCUCCUCAUUUGGUAGCAGUACAGAUUCUCUACCAGUCCAUGAGGGUUCCGUUGGGAGCCCAAAAAGUCCCCAAACAACGGUUAACUCUGCACCCAAUUCUCCCAAUGAACCAGACUCUGAACCCAUUUAUGCAGAGAGCACCAAGAAAAAGCAUAAGCCUCAGGGAAAUGUGUUGCAAAACCAGACCAAGAACUCCUCAGAAGAAAGUCAACGGGCCACCAUUUCUGUAAUGGCUGCCCACACAGAGGGGAACAACAGGAUGUUCUACCUGAGCAGCCCAGAUUCUGCCAUCAGCACUCAGUACCACUUUAGCCCUACAGCACAUAAGGACCCCGUCAGCACAGCCUUUCGCUGGCCCAGUCCGAGCCACAGUGCACCCUCCUUGGUUACAGAAUUCAGCCUUCCCCCUCCUCUCAAUCCCAAGCCUCAGUCUAGCCCGCCCAUUCCACCAAAAAGAACCACCCGGUCCCCAAAACUUGGCACUUCCAGCCUUUCUCCGUCCAUCUCUUCACCGGUUCCACUUCCAGAUCUCCACAGAUUGAGCAACCCUAGUGUCUCGCCGUUCGUAUCGUCUCCGGUUCCUCUCCCGGAACUCUCCUUGCUUUUACUGGUGUCUGCCAAAGAGGGACACUUUAAGGUCGAACCGGAAAACCACAGCCCAGCAGCAUCCGAUCGUUGGCAAAAGCACCACAACCACCACAGCUCCGCCUGGAACUGUCGCAUCGAGGAGGAAGAGGAGGAGGAAGAACGGGAGCGGAAAGGGGGUGAAAAAAAAACGCUGACUACUAAUCCUGGGUCUCGUGUAACAGGCCCAGUCAAUGGUGCUGCUGUCUGGAAGGAGUCCAGAGACUGUAAGGCCCUGAUCAGCCCCCCUCAGAUGACAGAGCCAGGCACGGCCCCCCUGCCUCUACCUAACAAUGGUGCCUGUCAGGGGGAUAGUGAGGUUGCCGCUGCAGAGGAGAAGGGCAAGCAGAGCGGGAGCAUGCCGGCCAAGCAACAUGACAGCGCAACAACAGAGCCUCUGGUAGCGGGGAAGAUGGGAUCAAGCAAUCAUGAGACCACUCCAACACCACCACCUCCACCCAAGAAACAGCACAGGGUGUCUGCUCACAUGAGCGGCAGCAACAUGGAGCUGAACCGCUCGCUGGAGAGUCCGAUGUCAUCUCCGCGAGGCCUGGGCAGCGCCAGCCUACGUACAGCCUCCACUGAUAGUCUAACAGCUAACACGGGAUCUCGGGAUGCCACAAGGUUGUCCUGCUCCUCUCCAUUCCUGAGAAGUCCAGCGACCUCAACGCCUGGUUCUCCUCACCCUCCCACAUUUAGCAGCUCAGCUAACCAGCCACCUCCACUGCCGGAGAAAAAGAUGGUCAACCGCACAGUGUCAGCUCCCGAUAGCGCCAAUUCGAAGGGCUUUGUUCGAGGCUACCCACGUCUACCGUUCACUGGUUCGGAAAACAAUGUGUGCCGACCCAACGAUGGAAUCUGCAGGGUCAGUAUGCUGUCCAGUUCUGAUGACCCAAGACCUAUCUUCUCCUCCAAUGAGUCUCUAGAGCAUUGUCAUGCCCCGCUUGCCCGACCUUUGAGGUCCUGGACUUUGGAUGAUCCGUUUAAGAAUCAUGGACGUUUGGGUGGCCACUGCCGAAGCAGCAUCACCUGCUCCUCUUCCCCUCAGCUAAGCGCACCUUUUAUGCCGUCUGAAGGAAGCCCUGCUGCCAAUUUGGGCUCCAGUCUGCAGUUACAAACCCUCCUGAGUAACAUUGACAGCAGGGAAGGAGUGUACUCAAAACUAGGGGGCCUGUAUGCGGAGUCCCUGCGCCGCUUAGCUCUAAAAUGCGAGGAACACUUCACAGGUUCCCAAAAGAACCGACUAAGAUUCGAGGAGAGCAACUGGUCGCUGUUCAGGCUCACGUCCAACAAGCCGAGCUGCAAUGCCGGAGAUGCUGUGUACUAUUCUGCUGCCUGCGCCUCCGACCCCAGCAACUCCUACGCUGUGAAGAUCUGCAAGAGUCCGUCCUUGGAAUCCAAGCAGGGCCACCUCUACGGUCUGUCGGUGCAGCAGAGCGUGCCCGCCCAUUUCAACCUGCAGCAGGACUGUGGACACUUUCUGGCAUGCGUCCCCCAGAGCAUGUUGCCGUCCGAUCAGGUUGCGGUGCCGACCUCGCCUGCAGGGAUUUUAUCCGGUCAGCAGGCAGAGCGAGAGCGAGUAGUGGUCAUCACGCCCGAGAUCCCUCGUCAGACAACAGCUGACUUCGCCCGAGAGUUUGAUUCCUUUCACAAAAGCCAGCCAGAAGACUACGAGCGCCGUGUCUGCUUCCUCCUACUGCAGCUCUGCAAUGGUCUGGAACACCUGAAGGAGCAUGGAGUCACGCACCGCGACCUCUGCCUAGAGAAUCUCCUUUUGGUUCCUCACCAGCACAAACAAAGCACUCUGUCCAUCCAGAAGACUGAGACACUUAAUGGCUUCAGCACCGCAGACAGUCAGCGUCGCCUCCCUCGUCUCCUGAUCAGCAACUUUUCCAAAGCCAAGCAACGCACCACCGACGAUGCUGCGUCAACCGCCGUGGACCCUCGUGUGAAACGGGACCACGCACGGCUGGCCCCUGAGAUCGUGUCGGCCGCCCAAUACCGCAAAUUCGAUGAAUUCCAGACAGGCAUCCUGAUCUAUGAGCUGCUCCACCAGCCCAACCCUUUUGAGGUCAGCCCAGUCCUGAGGGAACAGGACUACCGCUGCGAAGACUUACCUGCCAUCCCAUCUCUGUCGCUGUACUCUGCCGGACUCCAGCGACUAGCGCAGCUCCUCCUCCAACCGGACCCCAUCAAGCGCAUCCACAUUCAGGAUGCCAAGCGCAUCCUACAGAGCCUGCUGUGGGGACCCAGAAAGGACCUGAUGGAUCAACAGUGUGAGAGGCAGGGGCAGAGCAGGGGUUUGGCGGACGGAGCGCGACAUGAGGGCCUCCUUAACUGGCUGGACGUAAAACGGGCACUGCUGAUGAUGAAAUUCGCAGAGCGGUCGCUGGAGCCUGAAAGGAACGCAGAGCUGGAGGACUGGUUGUGCUGUCAGUACUUCUCCUCGGCUCACCCCCUGGCUCUGUGUCACACUGCUGAGCUGCUGUACUUGCUCAAGUGAUGACUCACUUUGCUGGAAAAAAUAUUAGCAUAUAAAUAAGUUAUUAGAGACUGAUAAUGUCACAAACCACUGGAUAUGGACACAGGCAUUAGGACAUACCCUUAAAAUUGGAGGAAAAUAUGGGAAUUAUUGUGCAUUCUUCCGAAACAGAAAAGGAACAAACUGUCUUUCACAAACUGUUCCCACAAAGUUAAAAGCAUACAAUUUUUUAAAUACUUCUUGGAAAAAUUAUGAAUUAGGAUUUAAGAGGUCUCUCUCUGUGAAUCUUCAGUUAUAUGCGGCUUGAUUGCUCUUCUAAUGGUUUCUUAUUGGCUUCCAUUUAAAGUAGAGUACCUUUAGGUUCACUCAUUGAUCCCCAUUAGUGUUCAUUUAACUCUGGCUUCCAAUACCAAAUAUUAAAUCAAACUAUUACACUUGAAAGACCUCCAUAAUCGUCACUCAAUCAAAUAUUUAGGGAUUGGCGUCCCUCUUGGUUCCCUUCUCAAUCCCCACCUAUUUGAAUUUAAAUCAAAGAAAUAAGGAGUUGUAUACUGUCUGAUUAAUUACAGCAGAGGUCUAUCCUAGUACUCUUACCUAAACAGGCCAAGGUUUUGCUUUUUAAAAAAGGAGACAUUAUAAAACAAAUAACUUCCUGUUAGCACUGCCGCUACAUUCUUCAACCAACCGUCCAUUUUGUAACAUUCUCACAUCGCUAAUAUUCUUUUUUUAUUUAAUGCUACACUUGUAACACUGUUUGGAGUUCCGUUCUGUAUUUAAAGUAUUAAUUGGCACCAAUGCUGUUGUCUUGAGCAAAGUAUUGUACACCGAUGUACAACAUUGUGUCGUGAGUCUAAUCAUCUGCUGAUGGAACAACUUGCAACUCGACAUACUGCUCACUUUUGUUUCCUUCUAUCUAAAAGAUUUUGACGCCGUGCCUUCUGCUCUUGGUGUGACUCCGCAAAAUGUAAAUAAAUGUAUGGCAGGGUUGAUGUUGUGAAACUGGCUUUUCACGACACCGAUCCAUUUUUGUACAGUCAAUAGUACAACAAGCCGCAAGCAGGUCUUGAAAAACAAACUUGCAAUGUGAGCGGCAGUUAAAUGUAAUAUUUAUGAUGUUAUUUGUUAUCCUGUAGCUGUCACUGGAGUUUGUAUCACCGAAGCCUGUUUUAUUAGGAAGUAGCAACAUUUGAUAUCAAAUAAAAGUGGUGAGAACGGACUGCAUGCAUUUGUUUUUAUUUUCAAAUGGUUUCAUGUCGUUAUUAAUCUUCUAACAUUGUGUGUGUCCAACAAUAAACUGCAUUUAUUUUCUCACUUUAAAAA